GUUCAAGAAAGAUUCUUAAUCUGAGGUGGGUUUUGAGGUUCUGGGUAUAGUUUAUUUGGGGUCAUGGAUAUCUGUUGUGAUCUUGAAGUAGAUGUCAAUGGGGAAGAGAUUUUCUUUGUAAAUAAGGAAAUUAUAUCGUCCUACUCAAGCAAAAUUGGCAAAUUGUUUGGUAAAUCAAAAGGAGCGACGAGGAACCUGAAGGUGAUAUUCCAUGACUUCCCUGGAGGAGCGGAGGGUUUCGAGCUUAUGACAAGGUUCUGCUACAAUAAUGGCAAAAUUGAGAUAAGCCCCGUAAAUGUUUCUCUCCUAUUCUGCAUUGCUCAUUUCAUGGACAUGUACAAAUCUGUCUCUGGGAUGCAUAAUUUAAUAGAGCAGAGUGAGAAAUCUCUUGAAGAGAUGAGGUACUGGACGUGGUCCGAGCUUUUGGUAGUUUUGAAGCAGUGUCAAGAUUUAGUCCCUGUUGCGAAUUCUUCAGGAUUACUUGAUAAAUGCUUGGAUUCUCUUGUCGGAAGGCUUGCUUUUGCCAGCGAAACAAGUCCCUGUCCGUCUACUUCUUCCCCUGAUAGCUCUGGGAUUCGGUUGUCUUGUGACACUAGAAGCACUGAGAGCUUGAGAAACAAUUUUUUUCGAGCAACAUGGUGGUUUGAAGAUCUUGCUGCCUUCAAUCCCUACUUGGUUAAAAGGGUAAUAAAAUCAAUGCUCUCCCAAAAAUUUGAUCAUAGUAUCAUUAGUAGGUUUCUAUUCUAUUACCAAAAGUCAAAGUUUGUCACUGCCGCAUCUGAGGAGAAGCAGGAAAUCUUUGAGGCAGCUGUUGAUAUGCUCCAUUCUCUAGAUUGGAGGGCUGUUUCUUGCAAGAGCUUAUUUGGGAUUCUCCGAGUUGCUCAGAAUUUAAGCAUAAGCAAAUGCUGCAGGAACAAGUUGGAGAGUAUGAUUGGUUCCCAGUUGGAUCAAGCAACACUAGACAAUCUCCUUGUUCCAUCUCCAGUUUGGACAAAUUAUCUCUAUGAUGUGAAUUUGGUUCUCAGAUUUUUAAAGUCGUUUCUUGGCAGAGGAAGUGUACCAUUGGCUCAAUUGAAGAAAGUUGCUGGCUUGAUGGACUUGUAUAUAGCUGAAGUAGCCCCGGAUCCUCGGCUGAGACCAUCGAAGUUUUUGGCUCUAGUUAUGGCGCUACCAGACUCUGCUGGCGACUCCUCUGAUGGAAUCUACCGUGCUAUGGAUAUGUAUUUGGAGGUUCAUGCUGACUUGUCUGAUGAAGAAAAGAUAAGAAUCUGUUGUGGACUGAAUUAUGAGAAACUCUCAUUAGAAGCUUGCAAUCAUCUUGCUCAGAACCCUAAAUUUCCAUCAAAAUCUGCCAAUCACGCGCUCCUCACUCAGCAAUCCAAGCUCAAAAGUUUGCUCCAAGAUACCAACCAACAGAAACCAUUUAAAGACUCACCCUGCAGUUUUGUGGAAACAGAAAAUAAGGAAAAGAAAGAUGAAGCCUGUGAACAAAUCGUGCUGUAUGCUGGAAAGCUUGAUCUUUCCACUGAAAAUGAGAAGCUCAGAGCACAUUUGCAAGGAAUGCAAUGGAGGGUGCUGGAAUUGGAGAAAGUUUGCAGGAAAAUGCAAUCCCAGAUGGCAAAGAUGAUGAAAUCGAGAUUAUCAAGCCGUAAUAAUGCUAGAUCUGUAUCUAGGCUAUGUUCAUGAUAAAUAAUCUGCAAAAAAUUAUUAAUUCUUUUCAUAUUUUCUGCCUUCAUAUGUAUGUACAUAACAUAGCAUGAGAAAUGGC